UGAAUGUCUCCAACCUUCGAUGUGAUCGAAGAAACCGUCUCUGACACUUUCCUAUUCUUAUCCGCUUUCAUCGACAACGUGCUUCUUGAGCUUCUUCGUAGCGAUUCAAUUGGGCUGAUGAUUGUUUGGCGUCAUAACCGAGAUGCCCCAACAUGGGAGGUUCAAAUUCUGCUGUUACACGCCUCGUCACUGACUCUUUGACCUCCUUCAACAUCUUCGGACAACUGUGGCAGAACAACAUGUUUAUCAGGCUUCGAGAUCUGCUCUUCUUCGGGUCGUUGGGUUUUCAGGCUGCGGCCCAAUGCGCACAACCGAACGGCACCGUUGAUCUCAGCUGGCAUCCUCCAAAUCUGACCAACAUCAACAGCCUCAGCUUCGUCAUCAACGGCACAGGUGCCAAUGGCUUUUACAAUACCUCCGUAACACCAGCAAAGACUGCGUACAGCACCUACAAUUGGUGUAAUAUGCCUCAUGUCCGACAGCAGGAAUACGUCAAAGCGCCUCAAGGCUACAAGUUGGAAUAUGUCGAACUGAUUCACCGGCAUCACAAGCGUACACCAUACGCCGCUAACACUUUCCCCCAUGAGACGUAUACCUGGGACUGUGAUGACGAGGCUUUGUUUUACUAUGGCACGCCUCGACCUGAUGGCACUUCCGCGCAAGUCAACUGGCAAGUCUACACGUCUGACUCCAACCCGCUCGCGCCAGAAGGCUUCAAUGGGACCUGCCAAUUCCCGCAGAUCACCGGCUCAGGACUCAACGAUAGCCGACAACACGGUAAAGAUCUAUUCGAAGUCUACCACGGCCUUUUGGGCUUCCUGCCCAGCACCUACGACUCCCAGAAAUCAAAAUAUAGGGUCACUAAUAAUCAGAUGUAUGUACUCGUACCCUCCUCGCCGGGAGGCUGUGCCAGUCAAGCACGGGUCUUAUAUUUUGCCCUUUCUUCAUUGAUCACGGCUUUUUCUGACAAGAGUUGCAGAACAUCCCAGGUUGCUGGUCAGAUCAUCAAAGGCCAGUACACUUCACUCACGAACCAACCUGUCAGCGUGGCCAUUCAACCGGAUUCCAUCGAUUCUCUCGAACCAGCAUACACCUGCGACGCGGCCAGCGACUUGUACUCCACUUACGGCGUCGGCAGUUCCGUGGCCAACUGGACCCUCCACCUCAACGACUCGGUGUCGCUGUUUGCAAAGCUCGACUCCGUCUCCGGCGUCAAUUCCAGCGACCCAGAUUGGCAUAAUUGGUUCGACCACUAUUUUGACAACUUGUCGGCACGCUUGUGCCAUCAGAAGCCCCUGCCGUGCGAAGCGGGGAAUUCUUCAAACUGCAUCACCCAGACUGACGCCGAUGCCGUCUUCCGUCGCGGUCAGUACGAGUAUUCCUUCAUCUAUCGAGAUUCGCCAGCCUCUCUGCCCGCGUCCACCGCCAGCUUUGGCAUCUGGAUGGCUGAACUCGCCAGCAAUCUCCGUGCUGCGAUGAAUGGAUCGUCACCCACGAUCUACAGACACAAUGUCGCACACGACGGCUCCGUGUCGCGUCUAUUGUCUAUCCUGCAGGUCGACGUUAUGGUCUGGCCGGGGAUGGGCUCUGAAGUCGUUUUCGAACUGUACAGCAAAUCGGGCUGCUAUUAUUUGCGGAUUCUCUGGGGUGGACAAGUCCUGCGCAGCUCGAAUCCAAGUCUCGGUCUUGCGGAUAUGAUUCCCGUCCAGACGUUUUUGAGUUACGUGGAUGGCCUGGUGGGCGUCAAAGCGGCGAAGGUUCCAGGCUUGUGCUCGAGCAGCUAGUCGAGCAUAGGACCGAAGACAUACGAGCUCGUCUAUUGAUGUACAUAGGGGCCAGGAGCAAUUACCUGGUAGUAAUUGACGACAAAGCGUCCGACAAGCAGAUACAGUAAGUAAAUGUUCGCAAAAAAGCUGCUGGUCCC